UUUUGAGAAUUUUAAGAAUUUACUCUUAUUUAUGCACUUUCUUCGUGUUUGAUUUCUCUUUGGAGAAUUUUGUCAAAAAGAAAGUAUUAGAAAUGCAAAAAGAGAGUAGCUAUAUUGCUAGAGAAUGAUAGAUUGUCAAUUAUGUACAUGUGCGUACAUGCGACGAGAAUAUAUACUCAACUCAGUCUAGAAGACAAAGUAGAGAAGUGUAUUUUUGUGGGAUACUCAACUCAGUCUAAGGCUUAUAGACUGUACAACCCCCUUACCAAGAAGAUCAUUAUUUGCAGGAAUGUCAUCUUUGAUGAAGAUGCAGAGUGGAAUUGGGACCUGAAUACUCAACAAGAAGUUACAACACCCAGGAUUGUAGGCUUUGAUGAUCAGCUUCCACAUCAGCUCACUUCAGCUACAGACAACAACUGCCACCUCCAACCACACCUCCAACUUCUCUUCUGACACUGAUGACAUCUCAGAAUCUGACAACUCAUCAAGUGAUCAGACUAGAAGAGUAAGGUCACUAUAAUAUAUAUCUAUGAAUCUUGUGACUUUGCUUUUAUUGUUACUGAGCCUGCAGAUUAUCUAGAAGCUGCCACUUAUGUUGAGUGGACACAAGCAAUGCAAGAAAAGAUCAAUGCCAUUGAAAAGAACAAGACAUGGGAGUUGGUGAACCUGCCUAAAGAAAAGAAUGUCAUUGGUUUGAAGUGGGUGUACAGGACUAAGUACAACUCAGAUGGGAGUAUUUCAAAGCAUAAGGCUAGACUUGUAGCCAAAGGUUAUGCUCACCAAGAAGGGGUGGACUAUGAAGAAACCUUCUCUCCUGUAGCUAGGUUUGAAACUGUAAGGAUUGUCCUUGCCCUAGUAGCACAAUGGAAGCUGCCUGUGUAUCAGUCGGAUGUCAAGUCAGCUUUCCUAAAUGGUGACUUGCUUGAAGAAGUGUUUGUUCAUCAACCACCUGGCUUUGUGAAGAAAGGAGAAGAAGAUAAGGUGUACAGGUUAAAGAAGGUUUUCUAUGGGUUAAAACAGGCCCCUAGAGCAUGGUAUAGCAAAAUUGAUAGUUUUUUCUGCACAUGAGGAUUUCAGAAGAGUGAUAAUGAACACACUCUGUAUGUCAAGAAAAAAGUUAUGGAAUUCCUAGUUGUCUGCCUUUAUGUAGAUGAUAUCAUCUUUUUCAGUUCUUCACAAAGCAUGAUAACCUCUUUUAAAGCAUCAAUGACCAAUCAGUUUGAGAUGACUGAUUUGAGCCUGCUUCAGUACUUCCUUGGCUUAGAAGUUAAGCAAGGAAAUGAGGGCACCUUUCAUAGCCAGAAAAGGUAUGCUAUCAACUUGCUCAAAAGGUUUCACAUGGAAUCAUGUAAGCCUAUUGCUACACCCAUGAAUGCAAGUGAGAAACUCCAAAAGUGUGAUGGCACUGGGGAGGCAGAUGUCACACUUUGUAGAAGCCUAGUAGGAGGACUCAAUUAUCUAACACACUCUAGGCCUGAUCUGGCUUACUGUGUUAGCAUUGUGUCAAGAUAUAUGCAGAAGCCAACAACGAAACAUCUUGGUGCUGCAAGAAGGAUCCUGAGAUAUGUAGCUAGAAUUUUGGAGUUUGGGUUUUGGUAUUGAAGUGUGAAAGAUUUCAAAUUAAGGGGAUAUUUUGACAGUGAUUGGGCUGAGUGUGUGGAUGAUAGGAAGAGCAUGUCAGGAUCAGUUUUUGAUCUAGGUUCAGGUGCAGUAACAUGGAGCUCAAAAAAGCAAGAAACCAUUGCCUUAUCUUCUUCAGAAGCUGAGUAUGUGGCUGCAGGAUCUGCAGCAAAACAAGCCCUAUGGAUAAACAAGUUAUUGACAGAUUUAGUAUGCAUGCAGACUGAAAGUGUUGAGCUAUGGUGUGAUAACAAAUCAGCUAUAGCUAUGGUAAAGAAUCCAACCUAUCAUUCAAGAACAAAGCACAUAGAUGUUCAAUAUCACUUCAUCAGGCAGCUUGUAGCAAAAGGAAGCAUUUCACUUCAGUUUUGUGGAACUGGAUGGCAAAAUGCAGACCUAUUUACCAAGGCUCUAAAUCAUGCGAAGCAUUAUAAUUUUGUGAAAAGAAUUGGAAUGAUCAAGCUUGGAUCAAGGGGUGGUGUUGAAACUGAUCAAGCUUAAUCAUGCAUGGCUGCAUGCAUACGUAGCAUUGGCUCCAUUGGUUUAAUAUUUAAUUACUUAUUAUCAUUUGAAUAAGUCUUAGCAUUAAUACCUAUUAUUUAGGAGCAUUACUAGGCUGUUGUUUAAGUAGUGCAACACGUUUAAAUAUGGCUAUUAGUUAGGAAGUGGUUAGUUUAUUUUGUGGUCAUUAACUCAUGUAAAAUGGCUAUAUAAAGCUCAUGUUCUUUACUCUAAUGAUAUGUGCUUUUGAUUGCCUUUAUUUGUCUCCCUAUUCGUGUGUACUUCAUCCUACAAUAAGGAAAUAAGAAGAAGUGUGAAGUUAAUUUCAGGACCUCCCGAAAAGGAAAGUUGGAAGUUGUUUGAGAAUCGGAGGGAGUAUGUUUUAAUAGGAGUAAACAUACUCCUUUUUCCUAAAUAAAAGUAAAACAUAUUUUUUUUCUAAAUAGGACCAAACAUGAAUUUUCUACUCAUAAUAUCCCUAGUCUAGUUAAAUAAUACAAGUAAUUGCCCCCCAGUUCUCUUGCAUAAUCGGGUCAAUCGAUUGGUGCCAGGUCAGUCCGGAGAUGGUGGAGGAGAUCCGGCGACUAGCGGCAGUGACAGAGGAAGCACUCUAGAUUUUUUCGGUGGAUUCCGACAGCGGCGGUAGAUCAAGCAGUGGCAGAUUGGGGGGGGGGGGGGGGGGGGGGGUAGAUCUCUUCUCUACGGGUAUUCUUGUCCAAUAAUAAGAUAUACCACUAUUUUGAGAUUUUUAAGAAUUUACUCUUAUUUAUGCACUUUCUUCGUGUUUGAUUUCUAGUUGGAGAAUUUUGUCAAAAAGAAAGUAUUAGAAAUGCAAAAAGAGAGUAGCUAUAUUGCUAAAGAAUGAUAGGUUGUCAGUUAUGU